AUGACGCCACCACCACCCGAAUUAGUGAGCGGAGGCUUUUAUGUUGUUUACGAGGAAGAUUUGGCCGGCGCACCUCCGGGAGUGUUGGAGUUUCUCUCAAGCCUAAAGAACAAUCGCGACAAUGCAAGAACUCGCAGGAAUGAUCAAAAGACGAAAGAACAAUUCGAGGCGGUGCCAAAACAGCUUAGAGAACUUGUUGAGCAGUUAAAGCGGACGAUCGAACGAUCGAUCAAGCAGUACGGGUUCAGCAGUGAGGCCCAUCUCGAAGCGCCAUUCUGGUCUGAUGUUUCGAACAGUAUCGAUGUUUUCGUCACUACAGCCACUUCUAUGCUAAGUAGACAAGACGAAGAUAUGGGAUGCCUCUUUGCGAUUGAUAAGCCUCAGCAAAAGCAAUUAUUACCCUUCGAUUUCGAUGCCAUCAUGGUCGAUACCCCAGCUCAAACAGCUAAAAAUGACGAAAGCUGUCAUCACACACCCCUAACUAAGGGGCAGUACCAGGAAUGGGACCAGGAUAAUUCCAGCAUCAAAAUGGAGCAGGUCGGAUCACCACCAAUUAACAUUGAGUCGCUGCCUCUGGAAUAUCCAAACGCUUAAGCCGCUUUGCCAAAUCUUGCUGAGUCCGACUCAGACGACCUUGAGAACUUGGUUCAAUUCGGCAUAAACAUAUGGCCUGAGAAGAAGUUAGACCAAUUUCGACCCGGGCAGCCUGUGACUGCAGGGAUUCUGAACGAGCUUUUAUGUAAAAUUCUACCGGCUCCAUAUGCCAUUGGCAUUCCUCCCCGAAGAAUUCAUAAAUUGAAAGAAACAUGUGCCGGCUGUGUCAUUCCCUAUUAUGUCAACGAAAUCGAUCAGCUUACAAGGGUGGAAAGCGAAAAAAAUCACUUUGUGGUUGCAAUUGUCGAUAUGGAGAACAAAAAAUUCACAUCUUGGGGGAUGACUGAAGAGAUGCACCGAAGUUCAAGAGUUGAAUAUGAAAAAGCGCUAGGUAUUAGCCUUGCAGAGGACAGGUGCAAGGCUCUGGCAUCGAAGCAGCCGAGUUUUCCACGGCCUCAACUUCAACUUGUACUGCCAAGAAAGAUUUCGGAUACCGCCGAAUCAAUUCAGUUUUGUGUCAAAGGAGACAUUGGGGGUCUGCAGCGCUUGUUUUCUCUAGGUCUUGCAUCCCCAAGGGACGAGAGCCAUUCUCGUGGGUUUAGUCUGUUAAGAUGGGCGCUAUAUGGUGGCCACAGUGGAAUGCACAACUAUGAGAUUGUUCGAUUUUUAGUCGAUCAAGGGGCCUACGUGGACAAUGAGUCGUACGAAAUUGUGGGCUAUUUCAAACUCCGCAAGAUGUACACCAAAUCCCACGAGCAGGCGCUUUGUUGCGUUCAACGUCAAGACAGAGAUUGGUUGGAAGAGCAAGACUUUCCUCAGAUCCACCGCAUCGUCCUGGAUCUGUCAUCGAGGUCACUUGAAAGCGAACUUGACGAGCACCCAAGCGCGGUCUUCGAUAUAGAUGCACAAGGCCGCACCGCGCUCGACUGGGCCACAGCUCGAGCCCAACUGGAUCAAAUGAGGCGUUUGAUAACUUUCGGCUCCGACGCAAAUUCGAUGGACAUCACUGGCCGUACUACAAUCCUGCAUGCAGUCGAUAGCUAUAGUGUCGAAGCCCUUCGCAUUGUCCUUGAGGCUGGGGCAUGCCCUGAUCCAAAGAUACCAGAAGGUUUAUUGCGAGGUAGCCCCCUCACCUCGGCAUGUUUGAACAGUUUGCCCGGGAUGGUCAGUUUACUUCUUGAAUUUGGCGCUGAUAUUGAUGCGCCCAAUCCCGAGGGCUUAACGGCAUUGCAUUCAGCAGCCAUUUCGCAAAAUAUCGACUGUGCGAGAAUAUUACUCGAACAAGGGGCCAAUCUAGGCUACCUUGCAGCCAACGGACGCUCGCCACUCAUGACGGCAAUGAUACAUAACAGCCAUUCGAUAUUAAGACUUUUCUUGAGCAGAUCCGUCGAUCGUUUUGAUGGAGCCCAGCUUUUGCCCACCAUAGCAAAAUACGCGGAUUCGGAGACA